AUAGGAAUGGGAAGCAGCUCCGAAGGCCCGGCUCACUUCAAGCACGGCAGCACCGGGUUCAAGCCAGAACACAAACCUGCCCUGCAUUCCACUCUCUGAUUCCCUCCAGAUGUGAUGGUCUACAACUUCCCUCACCAUGGUCAGUACUGAGCAAAAGGCAGAUGGGAACCAUGCCGGACCACCGAUAUAUCCCGAGCAGAAGGAUUUUGAUAUGAUCUAUAGAAUCGAAGAUGCGCCUCCUUGGUAUCUCUGCAUCCUGCUGGGAUUUCAGCAUUAUUUAACAUGUUUCAGUGGCACCAUCGCAGUUCCCUUCCUACUGGCAGAAUCCCUGUGCGUAGGGAAGGACCAAUACACCAUUAGCCAGCUCAUCGGUACCAUCUUCAGCUGCGUGGGGAUCACAACUCUCAUCCAAAGCACUGUGGGAAUUAGACUGCCUCUGUUUCAAGCCAGCGCCUUAGCAUUCCUGGUUCCCGCCAAAUCUAUUCUGGCCCUGGAGAAAUGGAAAUGUCCUCCAGAAGGGGAGAUCUAUGGCAACUGGACAUUACCAUUAAACACUUCCCACAUUUGGCAGCCGAGGAUGAGAGAAAUCCAAGGAGCAAUCAUCGUUUCCAGCCUGGUUGAGGUGGUCAUUGGUCUGGUGGGCCUCCCUGGGGCCAUGCUAAACUACAUUGGGCCCCUCACCGUCACCCCCACCGUCUCCUUAAUUGGGCUGUCCGUGUUCCAAGCUGCCGGCGACAGAGCGGGAUCGCACUGGGGCAUUGCCGCACUGUCAAUUUUCUUAAUCGUUUUGUUUGCUCAGUACCUACGAAACGUGUCUUUUCUCCUCCCUGGCUACAAAUGGGGAGAAGGGUGCACUGUGUUCCGAAUUCAGAUCUUCAAGAUGUUCCCGAUCAUUCUGGCCAUCUUGGUGGUCUGGCUGCUGUGUUACAUUCUGACAGUGACAGAUGUAUUUCCUCGUGAUGUAGAUGCCUAUGGGUUCAAGGCCAGAACAGAUGCUAGAGGAGAAAUAAUAUCCAUUGCACCGUGGUUCCGCCUCCCUUACCCUUGCCAGUGGGGCAUCCCCACAGUGACAGCCGCCGCCGUGCUGGGCAUGUUCAGUGCUACCUUGUGUGGGAUCGUUGAGUCUAUUGGCGAUUAUUAUGCUUGUGCUAGGCUUGCAGGUGCUCCACCUCCACCUGUGCAUGCCAUUAACAGGGGCAUUUUUACAGAGGGGAUCUCUUGUAUCAUUGCUGGUUUGCUGGGCACUGGCAAUGGUUCUACUUCCUCGAGCCCCAACAUUGGCGUCUUGGGCAUCACCAAGGUAGGCAGCAGGAGAGUGGUACAGUAUGGUGCUGGAAUCAUGCUCAUUUUGGGAACCAUUGGCAAAUUUACAGCUUUGUUUGCCUCCCUCCCUGACCCAAUCCUUGGAGGGAUGUUCUGUACGUUGUUUGGCAUGAUCACAGCAGUGGGGCUCUCCAACCUGCAGUUUGUCGACAUGAACUCCUCCCGCAACCUUUUCGUCCUGGGCUUCGCAAUGUUUUUUGGGCUCACCGUCCCAAACUACUUAGAUUCGCGCCCGAAUGCUAUCAACACAGGUAUUGCUGAAGUGGACCAAAUAUUAACAGUGCUCUUAACCACAGAAAUGUUUGUUGGAGGUGGCGUUGCAUUCAUACUGGACAAUACCAUCCCAGGGACUCUAGAGGAACGUGGUCUAGUACAAUGGAAGGCUGGGGCACAUGCAAACAGCGGCACGUCUGCAAAACUGAAGAGUUACGAUUUUCCAUUUGGAAUGGGUGUGGUUAGAAGGAUCCAGUGGUUCAAAUAUGUGCCAGUGUGUCCAGUCUUCAUGGGUUUUCACUGCAGAACAAAGAGGGAUUCCAGCACACCAGAACAGACAGCAAACACGGCAGAGAUUACAAUCAUAUGUACAAAAGUUUGAAGAGGUAUGGGAGUUUGGACAAUCCCAGAUAGUAGGGUAUUUAAAUCAUACCCCAGUGAACAUGCCUCAAGCAAAUCACACAGGCAGAGGAGAUGCAUGGUUGGUCAAAGCGUUUUUUUACCUUCUUUCUCCAACAUGUUGAGUUAAAGAGAAAGCAGUAAAUGGUUGAGCCUGGCGAACCAUUUAGCAAUCUGUAAAUCAGCAAGACACCUUUGUUCAUGGGCAGAAUUCCGCCACCCGCUUUCAGUUCUGUAUAUCCAGUAUGUGCUUGGAAGAAAAAGAUAUACUGGUGCUAUGUUAUGUUUCUGGAAGGCCAUUGGCAGAAUUGUGUGUAUUCUCCUGUCAAAAUAAGUAAGUAAAUUCCACAGCCAAAAUGAUUCAGUCCAGUAUAAUUGCUUUAAACUUGCUUUGAUUUUUACAGCUGGUCUACUGUUGUGACUCAAAUUAAGGAAUUUGGGACCGUUUUUGGCAAGAAAUGAUACAACAGGUGGAAGGUAUUGUUUAGAUACACAAAUAUGAGGACUGAUUGGAAUCCUCAAGGAAACAGUUCUGUUUCCAGUACACUUCUAAGUAAAGUGUUGUGGACACUUAAAAGUAAAUAAUUAUUAUAAUGACCUUGCUGUAAAAAAAAUAUGCUAGCUAAUAACACCAAACCUUGAAC